AUGGAGUCGCUUGGUGAGCUCUACUCCAUCAUCACAGUGCUGGACAUUGUUGAAAAGUCCUAUGUUAAGGACACUUUGGAUGAGGCUGAGUACACGCCACUUGUGCUUAGGCUGUUGGCUCAGUAUAACACUCUCCUAAAGAAUGAACUGGUCCAAAGGGAGUUUGGUUCAUUGGCACAAUUCAAACAAAAGUAUGGGUUAAACGCACCACAGGCAACUUCAAGGAUUGAGAUUGGAGUCCCAGCAACCGUUGAGCAUGCUAUAAGUGUAUCGAAUACUGGUUCUUCUAGUACAGCCACGACGACGAAUACCCGUGCGGUGGCAGAAGCCACUGGAAAUUUCAUCACGAUGAUGGAUGCACUCAAGUUGAACUAUAAGGCAAAAGAUCAAUUACAUCCGUUAUUGAGCGAUUUAAUGACAAGCGUAAACAAAGUGAGCUCGAAGGACUUUGAGAGUAGAGGCAAGCUGAUUGAGUGGCUCAUCAAGAUCAACAAAAUGAACAUCUACGACGAACUAUCAGAGGAUGACACCAGGCAAUUGCUGUUUGACCUCGAUAACGCAUACAAAGGGUUCUACACGAUGUUAGAAUGA